CUUUUAAAAUCAACGCUAAUGAGAGUCCACGCGAUUAUACAAAACGCUUAAUUCUUUCGAUUACCGCGCGCCUGUUCGAUCCAAUCGGUCUAAUAGGUCCUGUUACCGCUUUUAUGAAACUUCUCGUCCAAGAAUGUUGGAAAUUAAAUCUCGACUGGGAUACUCCAGUACCCAGCUCAAUCGCUCAACAGUUUGAACAAUUUUGUAAUGAACUACCACAUUUAGAACAAAUCAAAAUUCCACGCUACGUAGGGAUGAACUCUGAAUCCCAUGUAACGCUCAUAGGUUUUUCUGACGCUAGUGAAAAAUGCUAUGGAGCCGCCGUUUACAUACGCGUAAGUUCAGAUGAACAUUCUUCUGGCUCUGUUCAUUUGCUCGCUUCAAAAUCUAGAGUCGCACCGCUUAAGAAAACAUCACUCGCUCGACUCGAGCUUUGCGCAUCUCUUCUAUUAGCCAGUUUAAUUGAUUUGAUACGUGAAACUCUUAGUAAGCGCUGCAAAAUAAAUAAUAUUUACGCAUUUUCUGACGCAACAGUAGCCCUUUCAUGGCUCCAUUCUCCCGCAUAUAAAUACCAUACAUUCGUUGCCAAUAGGAUUACCGAAAUUAAUUCAAAGUUAUCUGCUGAACAUUGGUAUCAUAUAAAAGGACGCGAAAAUCCUGCGGACAUUAUAUCUCGUCCAGUCACGCCGAAAGAAUUAUUAGAACGCAAACUUUGGUUUAACGCUCCUCAGUGGACAACGCAUCCUAUAUCGCGAUGGCCUAUAACGCCUUUUCAAGUAAACGCUCAUAAUGAAAAUUUUGAAGAAGCAAAAAUUACUGUUCUAGCAGUUGAAACUUCUGUUUCCGACGCUCAACAUCCGAUUGAUAUUUUAGCCGAACGCUCUUCUAGCUGGUCUAAAUUAUUGCGCACCAUUGUUUACAUGUUAAGAUUCUCCAAACGCUUAAAAUCACGCGGUUCUAUUACAGUUUCAGAUCUAGAUUUUGCAGAAACUUAUAUAAUUCGCUAUGUUCAAAAUAAACAUUUUUCUCAAGAUAUUCACGCUCUCAAAAAUAAUAAACCUUGCUCGAAAUCGAUCUUAAAACUUAACCCAUUUCUCGCAGACGACAUCAUCAGAAUUGGUGGUCGUUUAAGCAAUUCGCAAUUAAAUUUUGGUCAAAAACAUCCAAUAAUCUUACCUUCUAAAGACCGCAUCACUCAACUAAUAGUUGAUUAUUAUCAUAUCACUAAUUUGCAUACAGGACCCGCGUUAUUACUCGCUUUACUCAGACAGAAGUUCUGGAUCAUUGCUGCCAGAAACUUGGUUCGACAACGUGUACACAAAUGCAAUAUUUGUUUUCGCACCAACCCUCAAUCUACUUUUCCACAAAUGGGAGAGUUACCCGCUUUUAGAGUAGCGCAAGUUAAAGCCUUCGUUCACACCGCUGUGGACUACAUGGGACCUUUCUUUGUAACUCACAUUCGCCGCCGAGGUAUUAAAAGUCAUAAAGCGUACGUCUGCAUAUUUACAUGCAUGACUACCAAGGCAGUACACCUAGAAUUAGUCUCAGAUCUUAGUUCUGACUUAUUUCUUGCAGCUUUUUUGAGACUAAGCGCACGCAAAGGCCCUGUAAGUCUAAUAUACAGCGAUGGAGCUACUACAUUUUUUGGAGCUAAACGCAAAUUAGAUGAACUUUACACUCUCAUACAGUCCAAUGCUCAUAAAAAUUUCAUUGAAAAUCGCCUCGCAGAACAUCGUAUUCAAUUUAAACAUAGCCCGCCUUACGGCCCGCAUUUUAAUGGUCUUAGCGAAAUUAACGUUUGCUGUGUAAAAACGCAUUUAUACAAGGUAGUAGGGACACAAAUCCUUACUUAUGAAGAAUUAAAUACAAUUAUAAUUCAAAUCGAAAACUUAUUAAAUAGUAGACCAUUAUGUAUUUUAAGCUCUGAUCCGUCAGAUCUUUCCGCACUUACGCCCAAUCAUUUUCUUAAUCUCACUCCCGCAAAAUAUUUACCUGUCGAGGAUUUAACGGAUAUUCCCGACAGCCGCUUAUCCCGCUAUCAAUUGUUAACUAAAAUUACUUGUUCUUUCUGGAAACGCUGGAGCCAAGAAUAUUUGACUUCUUUACAACACAGACAAAAGUGGAAUACUCCAUCCAACCCUGUGAGUCUUGGAGCUGUUGUUGUAAUCAAAGACUCCAACGUUCAUCCUCUUUGCUGGCCUCUAGGAGUUAUAGAAGAACUCUAUCCAGGGAAAGACAGUAUAAUUCGAGCAGUCAAAGUUAGAACGCGUUCCGGAAGCUACAUCAGACCUGUAGUUCGGAUAUGCCCUCUACCUUCUCAAUAGGCUGCUAUUAACGCUAUUAACUCUAUUAAUUAAUUUUAAUUUGUAAUUUUUUGUUGCAAAAGAAGAUAUGUUUUCAGUUUAGUUUUAAAAAUUCCAAGGGACAUAGGCAAUUUUAACGGUGGUGGUAAAUCGUUCCAGCACUUAGUGGCCGCAAAUUUAAAACUUCCCUUAAAUGCCGCUGUUUUAUGCUUUGGUGUAGACAGUAGGAGAUAGGAAUUACGUGUAAUGCGUGCUGACUUAUCACCAAACCACAUUAGUUUAUUACGCAGGUAUUCUGGGAUUCCGUGCUUAAGUACCCCAAACAGUAGAGUAGCAAGGUGUAACUUCCUCCGUGCUUCCAUCUUCAGGAGAUUUGCCUCGUUAAUGUAGGAAGUGACAUGCGUGCGUGGUGGGAUAUUAAAGCAAUACCUAGCACAGGCGUUUUGGACGCGUUGAAUAACUUUUUUAGUCCUACUUAAGAGACGAGGCCCAUAUACCGUGUCAGCAUAAUUUAGUCUUGACAGAACGAGUGAUUCGCAUAACCGUAUUCUUAACUUUAAACUAAUAUAGGGCCUCAUUUUAUAAAGCAGCUUAAGGCGAUAUAAGCUAUUGCGGACGGCGUUAAGGAUGUGAGUCUCAAAGUGCAGUGCGGUGUCAAAGACUACUCCCAAAUUUCGUGCUUCCUCUAUCUUUUCAAUGAUAUUAUUAUUGAUUUUUAUUGUGGGAUUAAGCAUGUUUAAUUUAGCAACAACACUUUUGGAACCCAACAUCAUACAUUGUGAUUUACUAGGAUUUAGUACCAAGCAGUUCCUUUUUGACCAUAGAUGUAUUUGCUCUAGAUCAAAGUUAAUUUUUGAUUCAGCUGCCGCUGUGUCCAGGGGAUCAAAAGAGAUGUACAGUUGUGUAUCAUCAGCAUAAAGAUGGUAUAGGCAAUGAUUAAUGCAACUUUUAAUGUCAGCAGUAUAAAUUGCAAACAGCAAAGGUCCAAGAAUAGAUCCUUGAGGAACUCCUCUGGUCACAGGAGAUGGGUCAGAGGUUGAGAUUGUGCUGUCGUUGUUCGUGACUUCAACAAACUGCGCUCUAUCACUUAGGUAGCUAUCAAACCAUUUCACUGUUAAGAUGUCAAACCCAUAGUAAGACAGCUUGGACAGAAGAAGAGUUGU